AUGGUCAACCCUGCUUCCACCUGCUGCAAGACCUCCGGUGACGGUAGCUGCGUCUGCGCCGCUCAGGCCAAGUGCUCCUGCGGCAAGGAGAACGCCCUCCACUGCACCUGCAACAAGGCCUCGUCCGAGAACACCGUCUCUGGGCCUCGCUGCUCUUGCAGAGCCCGCCCUGCCGGCCAAUGCACCUGUGAGCGUGCUCCCAGCGAGAACACUCCCGUUUCGGGCGAUGCUUGCCCCUGCGGACAGAGAUCUUCCACUUCUUGCACCUGUGAAAAGGCCGCUGCUGUGGACGCUGCCGCUGAGAGCAACGAGAUUGACUUCACCACCCGCGCUUGA